CCACUACACCUCUGUCUAAAUUACAACCUUUCCACUGAAGCUCUACCGCCAAACACACUCGACAGUAUUACAGUGUGAGAAGAUAGAAACAAACUCAACCUCAAAUGGCGUGUCCCUCACUGUUACACUCCUCUACGUCGUCGUUUCGCGGUCAAUUUCCUGUUCUAUCAUCUCCAUCGUCUCUACGGACAGCUUAUGGAAACCCUAGAAAUGUGAAUGGGGUGGCAACGGUGAAGGCUGCUACGGGAGCGGGAGGCAUUGUGUUGGUGGAUAAAUCCGAAUCAGAGAAGACCCAUCGGCUUAAAACUACUUUUCUUGAAAAGAUUGUUCCUUUGCUCAAAGAGGAGUUCUCUUACACUAAUAUUCUUCAGGUUCCAAAGAUUGAGAAGAUUGUUGUGAACUGUGGCAUUGGAGAUGCUGCCCAGAAUUCUAAGGGUUUGGAAGCAGCAAUUAAUGACUUGGCACUCAUUACAGGGCAGAGACCUGUAAAGACUCGAGCUAGGAAUUCCGUUGCCACCUUCAAGAUCAGGGAAGGUCAACCACUUGGGAUUGCUGUCACACUUAGAGGAAAUAUAAUGUAUUCAUUCCUAGAUCGGCUGAUUAACUUAGGACUGCCUAGAACAAGGGAUUUCCAAGGUGUGAACCCUAAUAGCUUUGACGGACAUGGGAAUUACAGCAUUGGUGUUCGUGAACAGAGUGUCUUUCCGGAGAUCAGGUAUGAUGCUCUUGGUAAGCCAAAGGGAAUGGAUGUUUGCAUUACAACAACAGCCAAAACUGAUAAAGAAGCCCAGAAACUUUUGGCUCUAAUGGGAAUGCCAUUCAGAGAGGGUGGUGGUCCUGCAAACUUAAUCCGCAAGAAGAAACUGAAGGCUCAUCAUUUUGAUUCAAAAUCCAAGGGAAGAUCGCGAAGAUGAGGGCUUAUUCUUCCCUGGAGGAUGGGAUUUUUUUUCUUUUUUGUAAC